GACAAGACCAGAGCACUGAGAGAUAUUAGGUAUUGAUGUAACUGGAGUGAAUAAGGGAACCUUCUUCCUGAGCACAGACAUCGGAGCCUGUUAUCAGCAUGAACUCAUAUGUGUUAGACAAACAUGUGAAUAGUUCAUAUCCAUCCUUCACUACAGGAAGCAUCAAAAUGAUACCGCAAACUCCAAUAGUCUUAGACACCAAUGACUAUUCACAAACAUUGGGGAUAUCACAGCAGAUGUUUAAUGGAGAUGGUGAUUUGGCAGGAACUGGGCAGCAAUCAUUAUGUACAGAGAGUAAUUUAGUCAUCAAACAAGAGGACAACAUUUAUGCCUUAUCUAGUGAAAUUAUUAUCCCUGAGGACAAACCACACACAUUUAGUGAGUUUUCAAAACAUAGUAAAGAAGGGAAAAGUCUACAGUCUAGCCAAAUGAUUCAUACAAAGGAGGAACCUUUCAAAUCUACAGAAUGUGAGAAAAGCUUUAGAUGGAAAUCUCCUCUACUAGAACACCACAAAAUUCACACAGAUGAGAAACCACACACAUGUAUUGAGUGUGGCAAAUAUUUCACGCAAAUUAAUUAUCUGAAAACUCAUAAAAAGAUUCACACAGGAGAAAAGCCUUUCACAUGUACAGAGUGUGGAAAAAGUUUUACACAAAAGAGUAAUCUGAAAACUCAUGAAAGGAUUCACACAGGAGAAAAGCCUUUCACAUGUACAGAGUGUGGAAAAAGUUUUACAGGAAAGAGUAAACUGAAAACUCAUGAAAGGAUUCACACAGGGGUAAAGCCUUUCACAUGUACAGAGUGUGGAAAAAGUUUUACAGGAAAGAGUUAUCUGAAAACUCAUGAAAGGAUUCACACAGGGGAAAAGCCUUUCACAUGUACAGAGUGUGGAAAAAGUUUUUCAGAAAAGAGUUGUCUGAAAUAUCAUGAAAUGAUUCACACAGGAGAAAAGCCUUUCACAUGUACAGAGUGUGGAAAAAGUUUUACAGGAAAGAGUAAUCUGAAAAAGCAUGAAAGGAGUCACACAGGAGAAAAGCCUUUCACAUGUACAGAGUGUGGAAAAUGUUUUACACUAAAGAGUGAUCUGAAAACUCAUGAAAGGAUUCACACAGGAGAAAAGCCUUUCAUAUGUACAGAGUGUGGGAAAAGUUUUACAGGAAAGAGUUAUCUGAAAAAGCAUGAAAGGAGUCACACAGGAGAAAAGCAUUUCACAUGUAAAGAGUGUGGAAAAAGUUUUACACACAUGAAUAAUCUGAAAACUCAUGAACGGAUUCACACAGGAGAAAAACCGUUCACAUGUACAGAGUGUGGAAAAAGUUUUACAGAAAAGAGUCAACUGAAAAUACAUGAAAGAAUUCACACAGGAGAAAAACCUUUCACAUGUACAUGUGGAAAAAGUUUUACAAAUAUGAGUAAUCUGAAAACUCAUGAAAUGAUUCACAAGGGAAGAAACCUUUCACAUGUUUAGAACGUGGAAAAAAUGUUUUUUAUUGAAAUCAGGUAUCACAGAACAGCAAAUAUUUACACACAAAUAAACUUUAUAUACACAGUGUACAAACCUUUUUACAAUUAUCCUAAAGAGGACAAACUCUUUAAAUAGAUGCAUCAUAGAGGAUCCUAUUGUAAAUAAUACUUUCUAAAUCCCAGUUAUCAAAGCUCCAGAUUGGAAGUGCUCUCCUGCUGCCCUUUGUUCCUCUAUAUAUGUGCACCUCAGUUUCUAUCAUAUCAAUGUGAUAGAAUACAAAUACCACAUAGGAAUAUACAGAUCUGUCCUACUGACCAGUUUACACAGCCAUUCACCACCAAAGCACACCCAGUGUUGUUUAUUAAUAUGCCAGUGUUAGGAGUUGUACGUUUGAUUUACAUAGGGGAGGAAAUAAUUACAUUUACAGAAUAAAGGAGUCUUUAUAUGAAUAGAGUGUUAGAUAAUUAUAUAAUCAAGAACAUCAGUCUCAAAUGAUUGAUAUAUGGGAGAUAUAUUUAAUGUGCACAUCAUGUGGAUAAACCUUUUCUUAUAGCAAUAGAUGCUUAGCAUUGUACAUGUUAUAUACCAGAGGAAUUACUGAUGGGAAAACUAUUUUAUUUAAUGAGACACAAUAUCAGUAACCGGUACAUAGGUGAUCAUAAUCAGUUUAAUUUAAAUGGCUACUAUAACCUACAUGUAUACUGGGUAUGUAAUAUGUAUGUCAUGUUCUGUAACUUGAUAUUAUGUCAGAUGUUUUCAUGUUAGUUAGAAGCCACAAGAACUGAUAAUAGCACAUACUGUAUAUAUAAAGGGAACAUUAUAUGUCUGAUAAAUCUCUUUGUAUCAAGAGCACAAGUGUUAGGUAUAUUUAUACCAUUGUGUGCAUAUAUCAUGUAAUGCUGCUUUUUACUAUAUAAUGAUAUACAAUGUUUUUUCAUGCAAAUAAAAUGUGAUUGUAAUCCA